CCAGAGAAGGUGUUCCAUACAUACACCUUAUUUCCCUUCUUCUACCUCCCAUCGUAGAACGAUGGCGUUAUAUUAUUAUUAUCACUACUUACCUCGUGCGUUAGUUGUAUGACUAAUGUCCACUUGUACAUGUACGAAAUAAAGCGAUCUCUUGUUCUUGUUCUUAUGUCCCCCUUUCCAUUCUUCGUUUUCUGGAAGAAGGGGGUUUUAGAUAUUCGACGAUGUACGACAAUGUAUGAGCGACUUGUCACUGUCUCUGUCUAUGUCCAAAUCAACUACAUAUGUACACAUUCGGCAGAUUUAAGUUUAGAUGUAGGAUGCAUGAUGAAGGGAACUAUGUGUGUAUUUCAGAUCGUUGUAUGACACUUAUUCUUUCUUCAUGCGUGAAGUUACCUUUGAC